AAUUUCUUUUUCCAUUUCCCACCUACAGCCAUGAAAAUUACUUGCAGCUUUGUUAAUUUUUGGGUUGGAGUCCUUCUGAUUCAAGUUUACAUUGCUUGCUAUACUGAGGCUAUGACGAACAAUGUCACAGAUCAAACCGCUCUUUUAGCACUAAAAGAUCAUGUCAGUUACGAACCAAAUAACGUUUUGACAAACAACUGGUCUACCAUUGCGCCAUUUUGCAGUUGGGUAGGUGUCACUUGCGAUGCCCGUCAGAGGGUCACCAAAUUGGAUUUCUCUAACAUGGGACUUGAAGGCACCAUCCCUUCCCAAAUUGGAAACUUGUCUUUCCUAGCUUUCCUAUCUAUUAGAAACAACAGUUUUUAUGGCUCUCUACCAAACGAGUUGACUCAGUUGACUCAAUUGAAAAUUCUCGAUUUCGGAUUCAACCAUUUCAGUGGAACAAUCCCAAGUAGUUUACUCAAGUGCGAACAACUACAAAUUUUAUCACUGUCUUAUAAUAACUUGGCAGGAAGUAUACCAGCAGCAGUUGGCAACCUGACUAUGCUCAAAAAAUUAUAUCUUGAUCAUAACAAUUUCAGUGGUAAUAUUCCACAGGAAAUAGGUCAUCUUACUAAGAUGGAGAAUCUAAGCAUGUCAACCAACCACCUCACAGGAAGUAUACCAAGCAGUUUAGGGAACUGUACCUUGCUUCAAGAGAUAAAUUUCAGCGAAAAUAACUUGGCAGGUGCAAUACCACUGGUGAUUGGUAACCUUGGCAGUCUACAAAUUCUAAGAAUCACUGAUAAUGCCUUAAGUGGAAAAAUUCCACCUGUGCUAUUUAAUAUCUCAACAAUGAAAGCCAUUGUAAUGUCUACAAACCACCUGUCAGGCUCUCUUCCCUCAACCAUGGGCCUUUUUCUGCCUAAUCUUACGGAUCUUCUACUAGGGGGCAACAAACUAGAUGGAAUGAUCCCUGGCUCUAUCUCUAAUGCAACCAAGCUUGGGUUCUUAGAUUUAUCUGAUAAUUCAUUCACGGGCUUUAUUCCCAGUACAUUAGGAAAUCUAAGACAUCUCCAAGGACUUUAUCUAGCUAACAAUCAUCUAACCAGUGAGUCUUCAACUCCAGAAUUGAGCUUCCUCGCUACGUUGGCUAAUUGCAAGCAACUGAGAAAGGUAGUGUUGUCAGGCAAUCCGCUCAACAUUACACUGCCAGUUUCCAGCGGCAAUCUCUCCAAUUCUCUUGAACAGUUUCAUGCAAACAAUUGUAACUAUAGGGGUAUCAUUCCUAGAGAAAUCAGCAACUUAACCAAUUUGAUAGCAUUGAGCUUGGGAAAUAAUCUUUUGACAGGUAAUGUUCCAAAUACAAUUGGAAGAUUGGAAAAGCUCCAAGUUUUGUAUCUAGAGGGAAAUGGAUUGCAGGGAACCAUCACGAAUAGUCUUUGUGGCCUGGGAAGUUUGGCUUACUUAUCCUUUGGUGGUAAUGAGCUUACUGGUUCCAUCCCUGCAUGCUUGGGUAAUCUGACUGGUCUAAGAUCUCUCAAUUUAAGCUCUAACCACUUGAGUUCCACAAUACCUUCUCCCUUUUGGACCCUUAAAGAUAUCUUGAAUAUUAACAUGUCGUCAAAUUCUCUCACUGGUAUUAUUUCAUCAAAUAUCAGAAAUUUGAAGGUAAUGGAAAUUUUUGAUUUGUCAAAUAAUCACUUAUCUGGUGAAAUCCCAUUCAGCAUUGGGAACCUUGAGAGUCUAACACAUCUCUCCUUGGCCAAAAAUGAAUUGCAAGGUCCAAUUCCCAUGUUACUUUAUCAUCCAAAAGGCUUGGAGUUCCUAGAUCUCUCUCAUAACAAUCUUUCUGGAGUGAUUCCGGAUUCAUUGGAGAAACUAUUAUAUCUCAAAUAUUUUAAUGUCUCUUUCAAUAUGCUUGAAGGGAAAAUUCCUACUGAAGGACCUUUCUCGAACUUCUCAGCUAAAUCUUACAUAAUGAACAAUGGACUUUGUGGUGCGUCUCAACUACUUGUUCCACCUUGCAAAUCCGGUGCUCGUCAGCAUGAUCAGGUUGUAUUCCUUCUAAAAAUACUCAUACCAAUUCUGUCAAUAGUACUCGCUUACUACAUAUGCUUGUGGUUAAAAUGCACAAAAAGGAAAAUGCCCUCGAGAGCACCCACACUUGCCCCAGUAACAUCUUUCCCUUCCACAGAACAAAUUAGUAGAAGAUACACAUAUCUAGAACUUCAGCAAGCAACAGAUUGGUUUAGUGAAGACAACCUAAUCGGCACUGGACAUUUUGGUUCAGUAUACAAAGGAAUACUUAAGGACGGUAUGAUAGUUGCAAUAAAGGUGUUUGAUGUGGAAGAGGAAACAAGUUUAAGGAGUUUCGAAGUUGAAUGUGAAGUUUUGCGCAGAAUAUCUCACCAAAAUUUGAUCAGAACUAUCUGCAUUAGCAAUAGCCAUAAUUUUAAAGCUUUGGUAAUGGAGCACAUGGCAAACGGAAGUCUUGAGAAGUGGCUUCAUACACACAACUACGAUUUGGAUAUCUUUCAAAGACUCAACAUAAUGAUUGACAUUGCAAAAGGGCUUAAAUAUCUCCACCAAAGAAGCAUCAUUCACUGUGAUAUAAAGCCCAGUAACAUCCUCCUAGAUGAAAAUAUGAUUGCAUAUGUUAGUGAUUUUGGUAUCUCCAAGUUUGUAGAUUCAGUUUCAAGGAUUCCAUCAAGACAAAGCAAACUUAUGUGCACCAUUGGAUAUGCGGCACCAGUCAUAAAAUAGAUUACAACGGAUAUUGUAUGGCCAAUUAUAAUCUUAAAUGCAGAGCAUGGAUUGUAUGGAACUGUCUCCGCAGCAACGGAUGUGUAUAGUUUUGGGAUCUUGCUGAUGGAAACAUUCACGGGAAAGAGGCCAACAGAUGAAAUGUUCACGGGUGAAAUGAGCUUAAGGGGUUGGGUUAUGGAGUCAUUACCCAGCGGAGUAGAGAGAGUGAUCGAUCCCUCCUUGUUGCAGGCUGACGAAGAACGUUUUGAUCAUCAAAAGAGGUUCUUAUCAAGUAUUUUGACGUUGGCUCUAAUUUGUUCUGCAGACUCGCAUAACGAGAGAUUACAUAUGAGAGAUGUUGAAUUACGACUUGUCAACAUCUGGCGCUCGCUCAGCCGGACGGACAGCCACUUUACUAAGAUGUAAAAUCAACUCCGACGGAAGUAUGGGUUGUGGCUUUUUCUAAUUGUCAAAUCAGAGAAAUAGACACUUGAACAAUAAUAUCUUUUUCCAAUGCGAUUGUCUAUUUAAUCUGCUAAGUUGACGUGUAAAAAAAUAAAAUAGACACUGUGAACCACACUCUCUACUUUUAGAGAGUAUGUUAGACAAUGUAGCUCAGGUAUUUAAUUUAAUUUUUUUUACUAUUAAUUUUAUUUUCUUCUCUCA